UGGGAGGAAGAGUCUGAAAGCCCAACCCCUCACCUGGACACAAGCUGGAGCCCAUUGCUUGCUCCCGAGCGGCCCCCUGUGCGUAUGGGAGGCAGGCAAGAGCCUGUGGACCCCUCCCAGCAGUGACAGGUGUCGGGGACAUCUACCAUCCCGGUCCUCACCUCUUCUGACGUCUGGUUUCUUUUCUCUUCCCUCCAACAGGGGACUAUAUUUGAGAAGCUGGGAAUUUGCUCCAUGCCCAAGUUUGUCCGAUUUUUACACGACAGAAUGGGCAGAAAGAAGGACCUCACGCUCGUGGUGACCAACCUGCGUUUUGGGACCAUCCCCGUGAGGCUGUUCCAGCCCAAGGCAGCGUCCUCCAGCCCCCGGCGGCGGGGCAUCAUCUUCUACCACGGAGGGGGCGGGGUGUUCGGGAGCCUGGAUUGUUACCACAACGUGUGCAGUUUCCUGGCCCAGGAGACCGACUCGGUGCUGCUGAUGGUUGGGUACCGCAAGCUCCCUGACCACCGCUCCCCUGCCAUGUCCCAAGACUGCCUCGCCGCCUCCAUCCACUUUCUGAGGCGCCUGGAGACCUACGGGGUGGACCCCUGCCGGGUCGUGGUCUGCGGAGAAAGCGUCGGGGGAGGGCUGGGGGCCUUCGUCACCCAGGCCCUGGUGGGCAGAUCAGACCUUCCCAGCAUCCGGGCUCAGGUCCUGAUUUACCCAGUCGUCCAGUUCAUCAAUCUGCAGCUGCCAUCCUUCCAGCAGAACGAGCACGUCCCAUUCCUGGCCCGGACGUUCGUGGUGACCAACAUCUGUAAAUACCUGUCCAUAGACCUCUCCUGGCAGGAUGCCAUCUUGGAUGGGACGUUCAUACCCCCGGAUGUCUGGAGGAAGUACAAGAAGUGGCUCAGCUCUGACAACAUCCCCGAGAGAUUCAAGGGCAGAGGCUACCAGCCCAGGUUCCCCGGCCCUUUUAAUGAGACUGCCUAUCUAGAAGCCAAGUGUAUAUUGGAUGUGGAAAAUUCACCCCUUCUCACAGAUGACGCGACCAUCGCUCAGCUUCCCGAGGCCUUCCUGGUGAGCUGCGAGAACGACAUCCUUCGUGAUGACACCUUGCUCUAUAAGAAGCGCUUGGAGGACCAGGGAGUCCGUGUGACAUGGUACCACGUGGAGGAUGGCUUCCAUGCAUCCCUUAUCUUAUUUGGUAAGAAGCCUUUCUCUUUCCCAUGCUCCCAGAAAAUUGUGGAUGCUGUAGUCAGCUAUAUAAAGGGCAUAUGACACAGUCACGAGAGCAAACAGACAACCUACAGAAUGGGAGAAGAUAUUCACAUGUUACACAUCCGAUAAAGAGCUG